CAUUUCACACACACACCACUCCAUUGCUAUUGCUCUGUACUUUUGAUUCCUCAAAGUGAAAGAGGGAGCGCGUGGAAUAUAUCAUGGCUGACGGUACUAACACCUUCGCGUGCGGCGUAAGUAAAGUGAUUAUGCUGUUCGGUUUUAGGGUCGUGCUUGAUCCUAUGAGAAAGAGCGUUAGUUUGAACAAUUUGUCUGAGUAUGAGAAUACUGAGGUCACCUUAAAGAUCGUUGGAGAGGAUGGAGAUGGACAAGACAAGAACAAAACAUCCUCCUGUUACGCCUCGGCUGAUGACGCUGUUCCGGUUUCUUCUAAUCGUGAGAGGAAACGAGGAGUUCCAUGGACUGAGGAAGAGCACAAGCUGUUCCUGCUUGGUCUGGAGAAAGUAGGAAAAGGAAAUUGGAAAGGAAUCUCCAAGAACUUUGUCAAGAGCAGGACGUCUACGCAAGUUGCUAGUCAUGCUCAGAAAUACUUUCUCCGGCGAAGUAAUCUCAACCGUCGCCGCCGGAGAAGAUCUAGCCUUUUUGACAUGACAACUGCUACGGUCUUGCCCUUGGAAGAAGUGCAGGAGAACACAUCACAACCAUCUUCUCUUGUACCGGAUGUUAACAGCUUCACUAGUCACCCAGUUAUGCAAAUCUUUCCUGAGUUCCCUGCACCACCAUCUGGUGAUAAUGCAUCAGGACAGUUUUCUUCUUCUAAUCUCAUCAACCUGGUCCCGUUUACUUUUCAAGCAAGGCCUACACCGAUCUCCCUCAACCUCUCACUAGCUUCAUCUACUCUUAAUGAGCCAUCUUCUAUUUCAAGGCAUUCAGCAUUCAACACGAUUGGAGUCGCUUGAUGAAAAAUCCCAGAGGUGAAUCUGCUACACAUACACCUUGUUUGUUUCUCUCUUGUACAGAUAGGUGUUGACUUUUUUAUAUUUUAAUCAAAUUUAUGUCUUUGGCUGAAAAUAUCUGUGGUAAAAAAAAUAAUAGACAGAGCAGAUUGGAGAAUAGGACUAAGUGGAAUUUUUAGGGUUUUCAUAAUCUUUUAUGUUUGUUCCCUUACAUGUUUGGAAGUUGUUGUAAUACUAUAUGGUCUGGUUUGUUUCAUACAUUUUCUCUCAGUCAAAAACAUUGGCUUA